AUGACGGCGGCGGGAGAGACAGCAGGCGUCAAGGGCAGCAGUACCAACCCCGAAUGCGCCGUCGCCUCCGCCGCCACCACUACCGCCGAUGAGCUCGGCGCACCAGGUGCUGCCACCUCCGCGGAAGCAAGCGCCGGGCCGCAGCAGCGGAAGGCCCGGGGAUUGUCCACGCGGGAGAGCCGUGGCCGGGGUUGGCUGGACCUCAUCGAGCGCCUGGAGCUGGAGCACCGCGGGGGCACGCCCCUGGUGGCCAGCUCCUCGGAGGCGAGCGUUAGCGGGGACGACGAGAACGAGAACGACAGCGAGGCGGGCGACAGCAGCGACGGCACCACCGUCACCGGCGGCGGCGGCGGCGGCGGCGGCGGCGGCCGCAGCGGCAGCGGCAGCGACGCUGCCGCGGGGGUUGGCAAGGGCAAGCCCAAGGCGAAGAAGAGGACGAGGAAGCACAGCUUCGACUACGAGGACGACUUCAUCGACGACACGUUGCUGGUCGAGGCGUACUACGCCAAGGAGGCCUCGAGCAAGGUCAAGACCGUACACACGGGGUUCUUCGCCAACCAAGGGGCUGUUGCCACGGUCGACUCGGACGACGGCGGGGAGAGGAGCCCGGGAGGAGCUGGCGACGCCGGUGGGGCCGACAGCGAAGUGAUUGUCCGGCCAAAGAAGAAGAAGGCCGCUCAAACAAGCGAACCAGCUGGGAAAGGGAGCAGCACAGCAGCGGCGGCGGCGGCGGCGGUGAAGAAGAAGAGGAAGACUGCCGCCGAGGCGGGGGGAGCUGCCAAGAAGAGCCCCAAGGUCGCCGCCGCUACCACCGCCGCUACCGCCGCCUCGAAGCCCUCCUCCUUCUCCUCCUCCCCCGCAUCCGUGACCGUGGGAGCCGCGAAACCGUCCGCCGCUGUAGCUGCCGCCGCAGCAGCCGCAUCCGCAUUCGUGGGCGGUGCGGCUGCUCCUGCUGCUGCUGCUGCAGGGGGUGGCGCUCCCGCCGUCGCCACCGCCGCCGCCACCGCCGUGCCAACAGCAACGACUGGCGUUGGUACAACGGCGACGAGCCAAGUCAGUGCCGCCCUACCCGGCGGGGCGGGAGCGGUGGAUGCGGGCGCGGGAGUGGGCAGUAGCAGUGGGGGCGGUAGUGGUGAUACGCCGGUGACGCCGACGGCUGUACCCGCGGCGGACUGGAGCCCCGAGCUCGAGGCCGCGACGGUGCGGUUCGAACAAGACUCCAAGGCCUGGGUAGAUAUCGGUCGGCCAGCGGGAGACGGCGCCCAAGUGGUGUUGGAAGCGAUGCGUACGCUGGACGCCCUGGUAAGGCGGUCGUCCCUGGACGCCCACAGCAAAGACCCGUACCUGGGGCGACUGUCGGCCGUCUACGGCCAGCCCCAGGCGGCUGUGAAGACGGUUCUCGCUACGCUCAAAGACAGGGACGACACCAAAGAGGCCGCCCGGCUUCACCAGGAGUACCGGUCCCUUAGAGAAAACUUCGAAACCAAUGUGGACCAGAGCGUUGAGCUGCAGCGGGCAAACGGCUCACCGCUCGCCCCGCCCUACGUGUGGAGCGACCCCGUGAGGCUGUGCCUGCCAUGA